AAAAUGGCUUCGUAUUAAUUCGAGACGCGUACAGACCGUACAGACGCGUACGAACCUGUUAUAAGUAUAACCUAUGUAAAUUUUUUUUAACAAAGUUUAGAUCAUACUUUAAUUAUACUUUGUUAACAAGUUAUACAUUAGAAAAAAUCGAAUAAGAAGUAAAACACGAAGAAAUGGAGGCAAUUAGUCAAGGAGGUCAAAUAAUUGGUCUUCUGCAAGCAGUGGAAAUUGUUCCUGACUUGGAAAUAAAACUCGAACAAGAUGCAUACGAGCAGGUGGCUGAAAAUGGAUUCCCCGAUUACGAUCCAACAAAGAGAAUUCCCUCAACAAAUGAUGUUGGUGCUUUAAAUUUAUGGACCAGAGAAGCAACGUCUUGCCUUAUUUCACAAUACAAAAAAUACCGACAGUCCGUUGGUCAAACGACAAAAAUUCGCAGUCUACGUGAAAUGUUUGAAAUGAUAUCAUUCGAAAUGCAAAAAUUUGGAUUUUACUUUAGCGCGCAAAAAUGUGAAAACAAAUGGCGCGUCUUGGAGCGGAAGUACAAUAAUUUAGUAUUUCGUGAGCGACUAAAGAAACCCGGUAAAAUGAGGCAUUAUGGUUAUUGGGAACAUAGACGGGCAUUAGAUGAGAUAUUUAAUGAAAAAAAGAGGCACAUGUAUCUUGAUGAGAGUGAUUUUCCACCGCCGAGUGGUUCGGCUAAAAUAGCAAUGUUGGCAAAAGCGGCGGAGGAAAAGAAUGCGAGUAAUUCUGGCAAGGCAACGAAUAACGAUUCAACUGGAAAUGCUCAGAAAAAUUCUGAUAAUUCAGAUAAUCAAGUAGGUGCAGUGAAAUCAUUACUCGAACAAUUUCUAGCUGAUAUGAAGCAACAAUUUAUCAUGAUUGAGAAAAAUAAUGAAAGGAGACACAAAGAGGAGAUGAUGAUUCGUCAAACUGAAUUAGAAGUGCAGAAAAGAAUUCUUAAAUUAAAGGAGCAAAAACUAGAAUUAAAAAAGUCACAGAUAAUUGCAGCGGUACAAAAACUGGGUAUUGACAUGAAACAACUCGAAUGAUUUUUUUUUACCUUUUUUAUUUUUUCCCCUCUAAAUAUUAAUUUUCCAUGUCAUUUUUUGUUUGCAAGAUAUGUUAAUUUUCCAUUUUACAUAUUUGUCACUUUGUAAUUUUUUACAUUUAUAAACCAUUUUUUUACGUUAUUAGAAUGGACUAUAACAAAAAUUUUGUAUUAGGCAUUUAUUUGCUGUAUAAUUAUAACUUUUCCUAUACCUACGUUGACUUGUUAACAUUGCAGUAAAAAUAGUGAAAAAAAACAAUUUAUACUUAAAUAUUAAAGUAUUAGUUUAAAGGCAUAUUUAAUGUAAAUUUUUGUAUAAAAAUAAGUUUAAAAUGUAGUAUUAGUGAAACUGUCCUAAUUGUUCCAUGAAACAUUAAACUUGAUUUAAUUUUUUCUUAAUAAAUUCAGUUUUAUUUUUUUGAAAGUCUUUUUGUUUAUAUAAUUAGAAAGCAUUUUUAAAAAGUUAAUUUUCUUUUAAAAACUUUCCAAAUUCCUUAAUUUAUUUUUGUGAGGCAAAAUAUUUUUCUUUCUAAAUAUUUAAUACUUUUGUCAUAGACCAAAAGGAAAUUAUAAAAAAAACACAAGCAGUACAUUCCAGUUAAACUGGAAUUAAUUUCUAUAUAAUAUGUAUAAAAUAGAAUAUACUUGUAAAUAUUUAAUUUUAAUAUUAAAAUAUUUAUAUAGUUUACGUGUGUCCGCUCUGUAGAUUUAUACAUACUGUAAAAAAAAAUGUGUUGCUGAAAUGUAUAUUUUUUUCAAGAAACUGUAAUUACUAUAGUGUUGUUGAAAAAGAAAUUUUUCUUCUCAUCUUUGAAAAGAAAAUCGAGAAGUUGGUAAGUCGAAUUGUAGUUUUCAGGCGAUUUGAAAAUAAAUUUUAUGAACACUGAA